CUCAAUUUUCCUGCAGUGAAGUCUCGAAUACGGAUUAAUUAUAUAGCUGAUAUUUUUGGAUAAACGAAGCUACCCGAAGACCCAACAAUGCACAGAACGACCCGCCUGAAGAUCACCGAUCUGAACCCCCAUCUAAUCUGCGUCCUCUGUGGGGGGUACUUCAUUGACGCCGCCACCAUCGUCGAAUGUCUUCAUUCAUUUUGCAAGACGUGUAUUGUGAGUUACCUGGAAACAACCAAAUACUGCCCAAUCUGUGACGUCAUGGUGCACAAAACCAAGCCACACGUGAAUGUCAGGGCGGACAAGACGCUUCAAGACUUGGUCUACAAACUCGUGCCUGGUCUCUAUACAAAUGAAAUGAAGCGGCGGCGUACAUUUUACGCAGAACAGCCCACUCCAGACACGCCCAAAGCGCCGAGCGAGGCUCGCGGGGACGAGAUGGCUGAACGCGUUAUCUACACCGCGGACGAAAACAUCAGUCUGUCUCUCGAGUACUGCAGACAUGGUGUCCCGGACCCGAGCGUUCUGCGCAAGAUGAGACAGGAGAGUUUCCAGAACGGAGAUGUCGAUCCAGCCACAGGCGAGAAACGUGAUAUCCGGUAUUUACUGUGUCCGGCAGCUGUCAGUGUGGGACAUCUCAAGAAGUUUCUCAGACUAAAGUAUGACUUGCCCGUCAAUUACCAGAUUGAUAUCUACCACACUGAUGAGGGACUUCGCGAUUACUACACGCUCAUCGAUAUCGCAUACAUCUACACGUGGAGACGGCGUGGACCAUUACGACUAUACUACCAAAUAUACAAGGUGGCUCAGAAACGGAAGGUGAAGGCCAUCGACGCCACAGCCAAAGUUGAAGAAGAAACCCCCAGCGACAAGAAACAGGCCAUGGACGCCAGCACCCAGGCGGCCGAGAUCUUGCUACAGUUGAGUGCGGCGCACAGGCCAGCGAUGGACCAGACACCAGUCGUGUUGGUGUCGCCUAGCAACCAGGACGUGCAAUUCAAGAAACCAACAGAACCAAAGAACCGGAAACAGACAUCGGAAUCCAGGAAACGUUCCGCCGAAAGUGCGCGUGUCUCAGGAUCCGAUACCAACAAGAAUCUCGCGAAAUGUAAAAAACAAACACAGAACGCAGCUAAAAUGAACGCCGAGCAGGCGAAACAGACAAACGACUUUAAGAAGCCCAACUCUGAUUUCACGAGACCAGCGCUGGUGAGCAAGAAAAUGACGGCGGAAUCUAAGAACGGAACCGAGUCUCCCAAACUGCUGAAUGGGUUUAAAAAGCCCGUAACAGAAUCAACGGCGUCAAAUACGGAUUCGCCAAAAUCAAGCUCCGAUGCCAAGAAGUCGUCGUCGGAAUUUAAAAAACCAACAACGUCUGUUGUGAAGAAGAAGUCGGAUUUUAAGAAACCAACAGCGAUCCUUCAAAAAACCGAAUCCGUGCAGACGAAACUGACAAAUGAAACGAAAAAACAUGUUGCGUCGGAAAAGAAAUUACAAAAGAUCGCUAAGUCGCUGGAUAAUGGCGGCUGCCAAAAUACGGACAGCAAGUUUCAUAAUGGUAUUAAUGGACACACAAAAGACGUGUUAAAGUGUGGUGGUGUUGGUGUCAAAACAACGGACGCUAGUUCUAAUGACGCUCAGAAGCGUGUGGAUGUGCGAGUGAAUGGACUCGGUGCUACUGGAAAUGACGACGGCAGCAAAAUUAACGGAACCAGUGUGUUCGAUUUCGGCACGGACAGUUCUGGGGACACGGGUUUGUUUAAACUGCCCCGAAGGGACGAGCCACUGAACUUGUCGAAAAACAACGACCGUGAUAGAUCGGUGAAAGUGAACGGGCCGUUUUCGUCAAGGCCCGACAUGCCCGUCUCAAACUGAAUUUCCUAAACCGCAGCUACGGAAUAACAACGCCUGUGAUGAUGACGCGUGAAACCAGUGUGCUGGCUAUAUCAUGCUGUUCAGUGACGUCAUCAUUUUAAAGGGAACACUGUUUAUUUCGCUGUUUUUAAUUCAUGAGGCAUUACCGAUAUCCAAUGUGACUAUCUUUGCUUUAACGAUUCCAAUAUGUGAUUAUUUUCAAAAUAUCAGUAUCAAAGAACGCAGACUAUUAAAUGGUUUUCACGAAAAAUGUAUAGCUGGAAUAAAAGUCAAGAGAUUUUUAUUCCUCAGGGAAGGGAAAACAUGUGGGAAAUAUGUUUGUGCUAUCUAUGUGACAAUUAUUGUGUAUAAUACGACUAGACUACACUAAAAUGUAGUCGGCUAAAUUUUAGUCAAAGCUGUAUAUAAAAGUGAACACAAGAUAAUGGAGGCCUACAGGGAGACCCUUCAGAACAGGUGCUGUUUACGUUAUACUUACAGAAAUAUAUAAUUUUGUGUGCAAAAGAGACGCUUGAUGUUCGCAUUAUUGAAAAGUGACUGCUAUUGUAGGAGGCCUUUAUAGUGGGUUUUACUGCAUACAGAACAUGUUCCCAAAACGGCAGUGAAAGGAAGGACGAAAAGAGAAACUUUGUUUUAAAGUGUACAUCUGACCAGAAAAUAUUCACUGUAAUUUGUUGUUUCUGAAACGAGGAUUAACCAGUUCAGUUAGUUAACCGAUUUGUACGUGUGCUUCACUCAUCUCGUAAGCAGUAUUAGGCUCGAUUCAACAAGUUUAAUGUUGCUUGUGCUACUAGAAUGUACAUAUAUGCCUGUGGGUACACACACGCACGCACGCACACACACACAAUAUGCCGUACGUUUUGAAAAUUAUUUAGCAAAUCGAAGAUAUUUCUGAACUAGUAUUUUGAACACAUUGAUUAUAAUGCCUUUAAGACGUCUGCGUGUUCCCAUAGUGUCUUUUUGGAACAAGUGAAUUUUAAAGAUAUUGUUUGAACUAUAUUCAUGGUUUAAAAUCGUGUACAUUGCAAAAUUUCGUAUCUUUAAUACACUACUGCAUAUAGUGCAAGUUUUGACAUCAAAGUUGAUAGGUGAAUGGCUAGUAUUGGCUAGAUUGUAUUGCUAUGACGUCAAUAAUCUAAUAUUUCUUUAUAAACUAUGCAUAAGAAAGUGCUAUCCAUAUAAUAUUUUAAAAAUUUACAACUUAACUUCGUUCCAAUUCAUGAUAUUUCGUCUGUUCAGUUACAACUUAACUUCGUUCCAAUUCAUGAUAUUUCGUCAGUUCAGUUACAACUUAACUUCGUUCCAAUUCAUGAUAUUUCGUCAGUUCAGUUACUUUUGUGAUCACCACAGAAAUUUGUAUUUGUUUUUAUUUGACAUUUGCAUCUUGUCUUUAAAAUGUUUAUCGUUCCAAAGAGUCGGUUAUCAUACGUUCAGUCAUCACAGUUCAACAAUCGAAUCAUUUCUGGAAUUAUGUUUUCGCAGUUUUAUCUUCAUUCAGACUUCUUAUCAGCAACAAACUUCAUAAAGCAAUAGCAGAAUUUACAUGUAUUUGUAUAUUACUAUAAUCAAAAUGACAUUUAUAUCAGUUGCCGAGUUUUCCAAGCUGUCGAUUUGCAAAAUUUCGAGGAAAUGAUAUUAAUUAUAGUGAAAAACUAUGGAUGCUUAUAAAACAAUAAGCACUUAGCAAGAAAUCAUUUUAUAAUAAACUACAUUUCUCCAAUGAAAUGGAUAUAUAGACUGAAACUCAUCAGGCCACCAUAGAACAGUUGUGUUAUAUCGAAAUACACUCGUCACAAUAGUAUGUCUUUUAAAUAACAGACGAUUGAAUCUCGAUAUCGUCGAGAUAAACAAACCAAUGCUAAAAUGUCUAUACAGCCAAACUUCGAUAUAUCGAUAUAUGGAUUAAGCACACAAGCUUGAAAUAUGUGUAGUUCGAAAUAAACGCAAUAGUUGUUGGUGAAAAUUAUGCCAUGUGACUGUCUUUACCUUGAGGUAUUCUGGGCUUGCUCGAUAACGGAGUUCGAGAUAACGAUGUUCCACUGUAUUUAUGAAUGAAUAUGAAUACUAACAAUACGGAAACAAAAAAUAAAAUAUAAUGCAGCGACCGAAAAAAAAACCCAAAAUGUAUUUGGGAGAACGUUUUAAGUAACAAUUUCACACAUAAUUUGACAAUUAAAUUAUGCUAAUGUUUGACACGUUUGUUUUACCUCAACAAGACAAGAAGCUCUACGUUACGUUUCCGCACCAUUUCUCACUAACUAUUGAGCCGGUUUCCAUAAAACAUAUAACGGAUGUAAACCGACGCAGAAGAUCUGCGAUAUAUCUGCAAAAUUGAUUGUGUUUCCAUACAAUAUUGCUUUGGUCUGCGACGGUUUGUUACCGAUAUUACGAAAACCAGACUUUUAACUCUAAAUCUGUGGAAUUCGUUACAUUUCCAUCUGUGGAAAAUUAAUAUUUUUUCUUUUGUUUGACAAAUGCAUACAGUAAUAUUUUAUUUUAGUUUGCGUUAUUUAAUUCUCAAGAGUUAUUUACUAAUUUGUUUCAAGGGAAAAACACUUCACAUGUUUACUUAAUAAAACCAAAAUAUUAUUCCAACUUAAUUUGGCACUGAAAAUAAUAUUUUUAGUAUGUAGCGGAAUAGCGAUUUUAUGUUGCGUUUGUUAUGUAUAUUCCUGACUAUUACUGCAGUUAAAUAGGAUCAUUUCAACCCAAAAAAAAUGUUAAUGCUUUUUUUUUUUAUUGCCGACACUUUGAUUUUACAGAAUGAGUGAACAAUGUUUUUCUUCAAUAUAAAUUUGAUAGACUUACUUCAGAAAGUUUUUUAAAAAUUAUUUUUAUUAUUAUUGUUAUUUUGUUUUUAAAUAAUGCAAAUUGCUUAUUUACGUUUUCUGGUUCUACUGCAUUACAACUUUCAACUCUUUUUUUUUUGUUGCCAUUUUUAGAGUGUGACGUCAUCGUAUGUGCUACACAUAUUAAAGUUGUCGAUCAUAUGACAUUAUUACACCCGGACAUAGCAUACACAGUAUUUCACUAUAUACAAAAACACACACUAUUAAUGUCCCCGUACGUUAACGUGUUUAUGUGCUAGAACCAGUGAGCAUUUUAAUUUAAUUUAACUUAUUAUUUGUGUUUGCUGGACAUGUGAAUUGAAACAUUUUGUUGUUUUAGUAAUAGGGAGACUGUGAACAUACUUACCUUCAUCGGGAAUCGAGACCUGCUUGUAUUACGUCACACUGAGUGAAAUACAUGUCUUUAUAAGCUA